GAGGAGGAGGAGGAGGCGGCGGUGGUGCAGAUCCGCCUGGGCGACCGGUGCUUCCCGGUGGGCAAGAGGAAGCUGCUGGAGCAGAGCGACUACUUCCGCGCGCUCUACCGCUCGGGGAUGCGCGAAGCGGCGGCGGAGGUGCAGGAGCUGCGCGGGGGUCUGCGCGCGCGGGGCCUGGAGCUGGUGCUGGACUUCAUCAGCACGUCUCGCCUGGCGGGCCUGGAGCGGGACGGCGGCGAGGGGGAAGCGGCGCGGCUGGAGGCGCUGGUGGAGGCCGCCUGCUACUUGCAGGUUACCCCGCUGCUGCGCCAGCUGCCCUCGCAGGUGACGCUGCCCAACUGCCUGCAGCUGCACCACCUGGCGCAGGUGUACGGGCUGCAGGAGCUGCAGGCCGCCUGCGUCGCCUUCAUGGCGGCCCGCUUCCACCAGGUGCUCCGCAGGCCCGAGGCGCGGCUCCCCCUGCUGCUGCCCGGCGCCCUGAGGCAGCAAUUGCGGGAAAGGCGCGCGGAAGGCGCGGCCUCCUUGGUGGCGCUGGGCCACUUCGCGGGAGCCUCUUCCGCGGGGCGGCCUUCGCACGAAGAAGACGCGCCCGGCUCCAUGCGCAGGUACGACGAGGGCGCCCGCAGGUGGCUCCCGCUGCCCGGCCACCCGCCUCCGGAGCUGGCCAACGUGCGCGGCUACGGCUCGGCCGUGCUGGACAACUACCUGUUCCUCGUGGGCGGCUACAGGCUCAGCAGCCAGGAGAUAGCGGCCGCUCACUGCUACAACCCCUGCCUGAAUGAGUGGAGCCCCCUGGCCUCGAUGAACCAGAAAAGGUCUAAUUUCAAGUUGUUGGCUGUUAGUGGGAAGUUGUAUGCCAUUGGUGGGCAAUUCCUCUCCAAUGUUGAGUGUUACAGCCCAGAGCAUGACUGGUGGAACUUUGCAGCAUCCUUACCAACCCCCCUUGCAGAAUUCUCAGCAUGUGAGUGCCAGGGCAAGAUCUAUGUCAUGGGAGGCUACACUACAAGAGACCGGAACUUGAAUAUCUUGCAGUACUGUCCCAGCUCUGACAACUGGACCACCUUUGAAUUGUGUGACAUCCAUAUCCGCAAGCAGCAGAUGCUAUCAGUGGAGGAAACUAUCUAUAUUGUUGGAGGCUGCAUCCACGAACUGGGAUCAAAAAAAAAAUCUAGCCAGAAUGAGGACAUGUUAACAGUACAAUCUUAUAACACUGCCACCAGAGAAUGGCUCUACCUCAAAGAAAACACGUCAAAAUCCGGUCUUAAUUUGACUUGUACACUACACAAUGAUGGGAUCUAUAUACUGACCAGAGAUGUAUCAUUGUCAACAAGCUUGGAGCACAGAGUUUUUCUAAAGUAUAAUAUAUUUUCAGACAGUUGGGAAUCUGUUAGGCACUUCCCAACCUUUGGACAAAACAUGUUGGUCUGUUCUAUGUAUUUGCCAAAUCUGAUGUGAAUGUAAACUGCAAUUUUAUUUUCAUUAAUUGUUGAAUAAGAACUUUAUUUAUCCUAGUUACCAUCUUUUCCAAACGGAGCACAAGUUGUUUAUAUUCAAUAAAUAGUUAUAAAAAUUAUUUUA